AUGGUCACCACCAACGCGGUAUUUGCGAGACAGAAUUGGGUCCCGGAGAGCCGGGCGGUCGUGCACCAUCCGGGGUCUGGCCUGGCAGCCCCUAAAGAUAAGGAGACCAUGACGAGUCGGGAUGGAGGUCUACCCAAGAAGCGGGAGUCGCGUUCAGGGACUCGAAAGGUUUCAUCUCUCUCUGCGGAGCAGCUGGAACGGAAACGAGCAAACGAUCGAGAGGCCCAGCGGUCCAUCCGCCAGCGAACAAAGGAGCAUAUCGAGCAGUUGGAGAAUCAAGUCAACACCCUUCGGGCACAGGUGGCCGAGAUGCGACCAAAGAGCGAACGUUUCGAUGAGCUGCUCCGGCAGAAUACCGCUUUACAAGACGAGGUCGGUCGGUUGAAGCGACAACUGGGGCCCUUUGCGGGUCGUCCCAUGUUCACGGCCAGUAGCGAACAGAUCGGAGCUCCCUUUCGAGGCGGAUGGCCCUUGGAUGACAGUUCCAGCAACGCAGGCUCAAGUCUCCCUGCAACAAGCUCCAUCCUCCCUUCACAGCUCGCUGGGCCGUCCCAUCUCGCAUCAAGCCUUCCCAGAGCUCCAUCGGCGGUAUCGGGCUCUAGUCAAUCAUCUCAUCAGCAUGACUGGCCCACUUCGUACACGACUACUCGGUCCCCGUCUCUCGGCGAGUCCUCCGAUCCUGAGUUCUCCACCCGGAUGGAAUCGUAUGUGAUCGACGGACAGUUGCAGAGAGGUUCGCGCUUGGUUUCACAACAGCAUAUCCCCGUCGCAACCCCUCAGAUCAACUUCGCAGGCUGCCCUAGUCCGGGUCAGACCGCCUCCAAUCCUUCCUUCUCCCAGCUCUACUCUGUGAGUCAACAUCCCCAGGGACAACCAGAUGGCCUGGCUUCAUCUGCGCAGCCACUUGUAGACCAGUCCGUGGCGGGCUUUCUCUCUGCACAUCAACCUAUGUCCAUAUCCAUGUCCAUGUCAGGCGCGAGCGCGUCUAGCCAGCCGCCACCGGGUCAACCCUACCCGUCGCAGGCACCAACAUACCAGAAUCCGACCUAUUCUUUCCCAUAG